AUGGCAGAAAAAUUUCAUAUUGGUGCUCGUCGUGUAUAUGAAAUAUGGAAGUAUACUGAACGUCUUCAACAAGAUCUUAAACAUGCCAGCUUUUCAGCUGAUGAAUCACAAGAUAUAGAAGCUUCAGUUAUAAAAUCGUCAAUAAAAAAGAAAAGUUCCAAAUCUCGGACUAAAUCUGUAUUAUGUAAUAAUGAGCUCCGUUCUCAUAUAUCUGAUUCAAUACCUACUAAUAACUCUACAGAAAAAAUAAGUAGUGAGGAUCUGGGCGCAUUAUAUGAAAAAGAAGCCAGAAGAGAUGAGAAAAAUAAAGCAAAUAUGACUCGCCUAUUAGCUACUACUAAUCUAUAA